AAUAGUGAAACGACAUAACAACGCGUAAACAGCUGGCUGCGAUUGGGAAACAAAAGACAUGGCAGGGGAGGGCAGGCCACAGUUUCGUCGUGUGUUCCUCCAUUGAUAGAAACAAAGCCAGCCUUGUCAUGGAGUAUCAUAAAUAUGAUCCAAACGCGCGCGCAUCCAGAAAGAGCAAAGAUCGAACAAUAGCCACCACCGCUAUGACUCCUCCAUCUUCCUAUUUCCACUACACAAAGUACGCUAAACACUCUUCUCCUAUCCCUUCUCCUUGUUACCCUAAUAACCUUAAUUUCCACCACCAUUCCAACUUUCUUGAACCGCCUCCGCCGCCACAAACACCUCCUCCUCCACCGUUAUUCCCACAAUUCUCCCCUCGAAACCCCCAUUUCUCCUAUAUCCCUAGCCCAAAUCAUCCCCAAAUUCACGAUAACUAUAACCACCAGCGAUCGCACCAUGACCUUCCUCACUCAACUCAAUUGCCUUGGGUUUCUCAUCAAUUGUACGAUGACCGUCAACCGCCGCGUCGUUUACCCGAGUUCGAUCACUGUGUCCAUGAACCCCGACCCGAUUUUACGUUUUUGCGUGAUGAUCAUAUGCAAACUAGGCAUGAAUUGGAAGGUGAUCCUAAUCCUAACUCUAGAUUGGUUCAGGACCGUAAUGUUGUGACUGAUGGUGAGAGUGAGCAUCGUCGUCGUCGUGGUGAAUUUGGAUCUAAUUCUGAUAGAUCUUCUAGUGUUUUCCAAACUGUUUCGAAUCAACUGAGGGGUUUCAAGUCGAAUUCAGGGAAUUAUGAGAAUAGGCGCCGUUUGAAUUAUGAUUAUCAUGAGAAGGGGAGUGCCAACCAGAGGUGGGUUCAUGACAGAGAUGUUAUGGGCGAAUCGCGUGAUUCAUUGAUUGAGUUGGGGAGUAACGAGAUUGGUGAUGGUGAAAAUAGGAUUCUUGCUGGGAAACGUGAGCAUUAUAGGAUUAGAGACGGGAAUUUGGAGUUGGAAAGGGAUGGUGGUAAAAGAAGUAGAGAGAGUAGUUAUGAGUUUAAUAGGACUCCAAGGAAGCAGUUACAGAAAAAGAGUGCUCUACUUAGGCUUCAAAAGCCUAGUUAUAGGAAUAGAGAGGAUGAGAGAGUGCAUUAUUCGAGUUAUGCUGAUUAUACUAAAUCUAGUCCUUUUAGAGGUAAACAUCAGGAAUCCGGUUAUUUAAGAGGCAAAGAUAAAGAUAAGGUCUUGCAUGCAGAUCGUGGGAUGGUAGAGGGAGCAAGAGAGAGAAGCCCAGUAGAGCUUGAUGUUUCUUUUAAGUCUAAUUCGUUGGUAGCCAAGGCAAUUUUGACGCCGACUUUAAGUUCUGCAGGUGCUUCUGAAAUGAAUUUGACACCUAGGAAUAGAAAAGUUAGGAAAGUGUUGGUCCCUGCUAAGGAUAAGGAUAGUUUGAAUUCGUCAAUGCAUAAACCCAACAAGGUUGCAUUGGGAUUGGACGAAGCUGCAAGUGUUGCAAAUAAAGCGUCCAGUUCUAACAAGGAGCUAAAGAAGUCUAAAGAGGUAGUUACAGCUUCUGGUAUUACUAAUGUGCGAGAUAGUAGCUCACUGCCUAUGAAGAGGACUGUGUCCCUUAGAAGUGGAACCAAUCUUGUUUCUGGUAAAACAUCUUCACUCAAGGGUGGAAAGAAGAAAAAAGUUGUUAAGAGAGUAGUGAAGAAAGUUGUAAACCAUAAGUCAACUUUAUCAAGUUCACAGCCAUCAAAAAUUUGUGAUGAACCUGUGAAAGCUGAUAGCUUUGCCUAUAAUCCAACUGAACCCAUUGACCCUGACAAGGCUGCUACUGUGGCUGACAUUGUUGAUCCACAGCCUUGUCCAAAUGAAGCUACAGCGAUGCCUAAGAAUGACAAGGUGGAGAGAUUUGAUAAGUUUAUGGAAUCAGGGCUGGUUGGCGCUGGUUUAGAUUCUGGUAAUUUAUUUGUAUUUAAUAUCAAUGGAAAUAAGAGCCGCUCAGCUUCUCCCUCAGGCUUUUCAAAUCACGAAGAAACCAAAUUUGGUGAGAGUUUUAUAAAUGGUGAUUGUGACAAAGGCUUGCAUGCUAUUGCAGAUACUGAAAACAGUUUAAAGAAAUCACUAGAUGAAACAUUUAGAUCCGAUAUUGGUGGUGUUGAAGAUGUCAGCAAGCAGCCUUGUCAGAAAGGAGAUUCUUGCUUGUUUGAGGACAAUGCUGUGAGGGGAUCUCUCAAAGUUUUGGAUUAUAUAGAAGGCAAUACUGAUUUUGGUUCAUUAAGUUCAGAGAAAACAAUAAUUCAUGAAGGUCCUAUGAAUACUUGUAUGCCUUUGAUGGGGUUAGAUACUGCUUCAAUGAACUCGCAAGAGAGAAUUACAGUUUUUGACGCGGGGGCAUCUGAUGUUGGUUGCAAGGAGCCCUGCAGAAAUCUAGGUAGUCCAUCAGCUGAGAAUGGCAUCACCGAUCUACUUCAGGGUGCUAGUUUCCCUGUAGUAACCAAUAGAAGUUUCUCUGUAUCUAUUUCAGGGGAAACAGGAAUUCAGAAUGAUGUCAUACGACCCAAUCAGGGAGUAGGGGCCAUUUUGGUUUCUCCCAGCUGCUGUACCAAUUCAAAAGAAAUUAAUAUUUCUGUCCAUGGAACUGGUGAUGAUUUUAGUGAGCAGCUAUCUCAAGAUGGGGUUACUAAAACAUUGGAGAAUGCUUCCAUCGGAGGUUCUCUAGAUACCAAGGUUUCUGCAGGUGGCAGUGACGAGGAUGCAACUGACAUUACGAAGAAUGAUAAAAAAAUUGAAGUUCGUCAGUUAGAUUUGUCAAGGACAGAUGUAUCUUACAUGCAUUUGGAUCCUGCAAAUAUGGUCACCAGUACCUCUGCACAUUGGGUGGAUAAAACCUUGAGAUUAUGUUUUGAAGACAGUGCUACAGCUGAGUGUACAUUUUCUGGCUCCCAAUUUGUGGGUGUUGGCUCACAAUCUUGUAAUAUCGUCAGUGUCCUUCAUGAGGGCAGUUUAACAGAUGUUUCAGCGGGUAAGGAUUCUGUCAGGAGGAGUGAUGAUGUUGGUCCAAGUAAUGUUUCACCAAGGAAUGAAAAGAACAGAAAGUUCUCUGCUCCUCAACUGGAAUUGAAUUCUCCACAAAAAUCUGACGCUGACGAGGGACCUGUAUUUGCAGGUAACUCUACAUCAGUUAUGGAAGUGCCCUCCAAUUCUGGUGAUGGUCAUACACUGCCAGAAGAGGAAGCUGUAGUGUCUGAUAUGGAUUUUCUGUGUACUUCUGACUUUCUGCCUGCACAGAAGCGGAUCACUGCAUCGCUUGAAAAUUGUUCAGCAGGAGAGCACACGGUGGCUGCAGUCAAAGAUGAUGCAUUUGAAGAUGAUGGUCAAAAAGAUGUUAAAUCUCAUUUUGCUGUUGAGAAACUGGCGGUUACAAAAGUGACAUCCCGUGAUCUAGUUGUAUUGGGAGGCAAGGACAUCAUAAAUGCUACUCCAGUUGUGGUUGGAAGUAGCAAUCCAAAUGACUCUAUGGAUGUUGAUGCUGGUGAGGGAGACAAAAUGGAUGUUGAUGCUGCAGAGGAGCAAGUUGUUAUUGACGGUGGGAUUGAUCCGUGCCAAAUCCCUUCAAAACUUCAGACACUGGUCUUGACUGAAAAAUUGCCAGGUAUAGAUGUGGAGGAUAGUGAUUUUCAUGGUGUGAAGAACAAUUCGCCUUGUAUGUCAAACUACCUAUCUUCAUUUGAAGAUGGCUUUGGAGUUUCUACUAUCAAUUCAAGUGAGGAACUUAUGGCGUUUGUACCUGAGACACUGUCUGAUAGGGGUUUUCCAGAAACCUUGCCUGAUGUCCUGGGCACAUCAUUGAGCAAAAAUCCAGUUGAAAAGGUUCAUGGGUAUCAUGAUAAAAUUCUAGCUGAGAGGCCUGCAAUUAAUGUUGGUUCUAACUCAUCUAUAUGUACAACAAGUUCACAGAGUGGUAAAAUUGUUUUAAAAUCAGAUCAUGCAGUAGAAGGUGAUCGGCUGUUGGCUCGAAGGACAGGGCAUUUUCCAUCACAGGAUUCCAAAAUAACAACUCGGACGCAGAAUGCUGUGAGUGGGCAAUUAUAUGGAAGGAAGAACCAGACUAAUUGUGCUGUAUCUGAGAUUUAUCCAGGUCGCUCAUCUUUUGUUUUUACUGCUUCAAAGAGUACAGCUUCUUCAUCUCGCAACUCAAAAACUCAAACAUGGCAUCGAACUGAUAGUUCUUCUGAUUCUGCUCCACCAGCAAAAAAGGCAUUCUCGAGCACUGUUCAUGCACAAAUGCAAUUUCCUAGGAAAACUGAUAAGCUCCAGAGCACCUCUUACAUUCGCAAGGGUAACAGUCUUGUUAGAAAACCUAUUUCAGUUGCUCAAUCCCCGGAUCCUCAUGGUUUGAGUUCUUCUGUAUAUCAGCUCAACUCUUCUGGUACUAAUGAACCAAAGAAGAGUACUGGCUCUGACAGUAGAAUUGAUAUUGUGGAUCCGCUUGAUGUUGUGAGAAAAGGAGGCAUGAGUGCUUCUUGUGAGAGACCGAGAACACCACCUCUAUCUAGUGUCCCUAAAAUACCAAAUCAGGCAACUAACGCUUUGGGGGUUCGGGUAUCUUCCCCAUUAGCUGAGCAUCUUCACUCUCUUUCUACUGAAACUGCAACAGCCCCAGCAGAAUUUAUGGAAAGCAAUGAUGUUCCAAAGUCUUCUGACAAUUUGUUGAAAAUUUCAGAAUCUCCAAUAACUCAAAAUAGCCAAAUUAAUAAUUUGGAAUGUAAUGGUGAUCUAAAUGAAGAUAAUAAGGUAGUUUUGGCAAAUGUCAAGAACCUAACAUAUUUUAAGAGAAAAUCAAAUCAGUUGGUUGCAACUUCAAAUCCAUGUGCAUCUUCUGUACAAAAUGCCUGUAACACAUCAUCAUCUGAUAGCUAUUACAAGAGGAGGAGAAAUCAGCUAAAUAGGACUUCACUGGAAAGUCAGGUCAAGCAGACAACCAGCAUCCCUGAUGAAAGUUUGAAUUCAGAGGGACAAACUGCUCUUUACUCUUUUUUCAGUGGAAAUUUUAGUAUGCGACGACUGCGUAAAGUCUUGACAAAGACCCGUAAACCUUCUAAGUUCUCUUUGGUCUGGACACUGCAUGGUGCACAGUUAUCAAAGAAUGAUGGUGAUUCAUUGCAUCAUGGGAAGGUCUUGUCUCAUUUGUUUCCCUGGAAAAGAGCUACGUAUUGGAGAAGUUUCUUGCCAAAACCAUCUUCAAUUUCAAAUCAUAGUUCCUUAUCCUCAAUUGGCAGGAAACUGCUACUGUUGAGAAAGAGGAAUACAGUUUACACAAGGUCAAAACAUGGAUUUUCACUUCGAAAAUCCAAGGUAUUAAGUUUUGGUGGGUCUAGUUUAAUAUGGUCAAAAUCCAUUGAUAGGUACUCAAAGAAAGCUAGUGAGGAAGCUACCUUGGCUGUUGCUGCGGUAGAGAGGAAGAACAGAGAACGGAGAGGUGCUGCCCAUGUUGCUUCUCCAACAAAGAGUAGAAACAGUUCUUCUCGAGAAUGCAUUUUUCGUGUUGGCUUAGUUCGCUACAAAAGGGACUCUUCAAAGCGGACUCUUCAGAUGAUAUCAGGUGAUGAAUCAUCAUGCUCUGGGGCCCUUCAAAAAGAAAAUGAUGCCAAGAAGUCAUAUGUUCCGAGGAGAUUAAUGAUUGGGAAAGAUGAUGGCAGAUAUGUGCGAAUUGGCAAUGGUAACCAGCUUAUAAGAGAUCCCAAGAAGCGAACUCGCAUUUUGGCCAGUGAAAAAGUUAGAUGGAGUUUGCACACCGCAAGAUCACGAUUGGCUAGAAAGAGAAAGUACUGUCAGUUUUUCACAAGAUUUGGGAAAUGCAACAAAGAUGAUGGAAAAUGUCCCUUCAUUCAUGAUUCCUCCAAAAUUGCAGUCUGCACAAAGUUUCUGAAUGGUCUAUGUUUCAAUCCUGAAUGCAAAUCGACUCAUAAGGUCAUUCCGGAAAGGAUGCCUGAUUGUUCUUACUUUUUGCAAGGCCUUUGCACCAAUAAAGACUGCCCUUAUAGACAUGUGUGCGUCAAUCCUAAUGCUUCUAUCUGCAAAGGAUUUCUCAGGGGCUAUUGUGCCGAUGCUAAUGAGUGUCUAAAGAAGCACAGCUACGUCUGCCCAACCUAUGAAGCAACAGGAUCCUGUCCUCAAGGAUCCAAAUGCAAGCUACACCAUCCUAAGAACCGAAGCAAGGAAAAGAAAAGCAAGCGAUCACGAGAUAACAAUGCUCAAGGGCGAUAUUUUGGUUUGAUGCACGCCAGCACUACUGAGCUGAGAAAUCCAGUGCCUGGAAAACUCAAUGUGCUAGAUAAUGGUGCUAUUUCUUUCAAAGGAAGCAUUGCUGAUUAUAUCAGCCUUGAUGUUAUUGAUGAAGUGGUAGAAAAUAUCAUUCCAGCAGAUGAGCACACAGCACUUGGUGAUAGUGAUCCUUUGGAAUUGCAAUUAGGUGAUCUUGAUGAGCUAAUUAAACCUGUCCGUAUAAUGAACAUCUGACGCGAAGAUCACUGGUAGCUCAAAUGUGAAGCACCGAGUUUGUGCGAUUUAUGAAGUCAAUUGUACAUAAGGUAGAUCAGGUUUUAGCAUAUUCUGAUCCUUCAUUGAGCAAUAGAAUGGUCGAUAGGGAAAUGAUUUUGAUGAGGUUACACUGAUUUUGAUGAGCUUGUAACCUUCUGUGCCUGUGCAUGGGGUAUUUGUUAGUUUUCUAUUCGGAACAGGAAUAUCAAUGGCAAAUCCUUCUGUUUUCUCA